UUAAAAGUGUCUUUUUCACAAUGAACGCUGACCGUCCUGUCAGUUAGUUAGUCGACGUAGUUUGGCUCAGCCGUAUGUGUGUUUCAAUUAAUAAAUGGACGGUAAACAGGAAGAAGUACAACGCACUAAAGCUCGAAACUGUAUUUAAGAACUAAAUAAAAAAUAGAAGCAGGAGUUUGAAUGGCCAGACGUCGCCUUACAAUUAUUUUUAGAGGCAGAUAGCAGCUCACAAUCUGGAACUAGUUAAGCUAAAAAAUGCAAAAGGAAAACAAUAUGACGACAGAGAACUGUCAGUUUGUCGGUCCAUAUCGCUUGGAGAAGACACUUGGUAAGGGUCAAACAGGUCUUGUAAAAUUGGGCGUACAUUGUGUGAUUGGGAAAAAAGUAGCAAUUAAAAUAAUAAAUCGAGAAAAACUUAGUGAAUCAGUACUUAUGAAGGUUGAACGUGAAAUUGCCAUUAUGAAAUUAAUCGACCAUCCGCACGUUCUUGGCUUAAGCGAUGUGUACGAAAAUAAGAAAUAUUUAUACCUGAUACUGGAGCAUGUUUCUGGCGGCGAGCUUUUCGAUUACCUAGUUAAAAAGGGACGACUAACACCAAAGGAGGCGCGAAAGUUUUUUAGGCAAAUUAUAUCGGCACUGGACUUCUGCCACUCACAUUCUAUAUGCCAUCGCGACUUAAAGCCCGAGAAUCUGUUGCUGGAUGAGAAGAACAAUAUUAAAAUAGCAGAUUUUGGCAUGGCCUCUCUUCAACCAGCCGGCAGCAUGUUGGAAACAUCUUGCGGAUCUCCACACUACGCUUGCCCUGAAGUUAUACGCGGAGAGAAGUAUGAUGGACGCAAGGCGGAUGUUUGGUCAUGCGGUGUUAUUCUGUAUGCUCUGUUGGUGGGAGCAUUACCCUUCGACGAUGACAACUUGCGUCAGUUGCUUGAAAAAGUAAAACGAGGAGUGUUUCAUAUUCCGCACUUUGUUCCACCCGAUUGCCAAAGUUUACUUCGUGGUAUGAUUGAGGUUAAUCCAGAUAGACGAUUAACGCUAACCGAAAUUAAUCGUCAUGCCUGGGUUACGGCUGGUGGUAAAGGUGAGUUGGAACUGGAAUUGCCCAUGAUGGAGGUGGUGCAAACACAUGUUAUACCUACUGCCACUGCUGUAGAUCCUGAUGUUUUAAAUGCUAUAUGCUCCCUGGGAUGCUUUAAGGAAAAGGAAAAACUUUUACAAGAGCUGUUGAGUGCCAGCCAUAAUACUGAGAAGGUCAUUUAUUUUCUGCUCCUUGAACGAAAGCGACGUCGGCCGGCCCUUGAAGAUGAUGAAGAAAUAAAUCAUAAAUUACGCAAUGAACUGGAUGCAGUGGAUCCACCCCGGAAACGAUUAGAUAAAUGUCGUAUUAAUGGUACAAAUGCGCCGAGCUACGGUCAGAUUUCUGAAGGCUCUCCACUUACGCCUCGACGACAGGCCUUUAAUUUUAGAUCGUACAGUAGUACACGUAAUCACCAAAGACGCUCUCCUACAACGGUGUCUACGUCAGUACGCAGCUCAUCAUACCACAGUCCAACUCGUUGUAAUUCACCAAUAAGCUUAACGCAGCAACAAGCUAAUGCUAUAUCGCGGCCUACCUCUCCUGCCGCUGGUUCACGUCAUUCAACUUAUAGUGAUAGAGAUCGUCCUGGAUCGGGGCAUCAUACGGCGGUUAGCCGAACGCCGUCCCAUAAUUCACAGAAAAGCAUUGAAGGAGAUGUCGUAAUCGUCAGAGAGCCGCACUUGGAGCGCCGUGAUUCAACACGUCAUGCUCAAGAUCGCAGUGGUAAUGGUAGCGGUUCUCCCUGGGACCGUAGCGAAUUGUCUAGCAAUCCGGGUGGUGAUUCGUGCGGGAAUUCCGCUGCAGCUUUACCUACCGUGCAUAAUCGAACAAAUUCUGGUCCAACAAUUUCUAUUGUUGUGAAUCAAAAUGUUCCACCGCUGACCAAUAAUAGCAAUCCAGGCAAUCAAGGCAACCCUGGCCCACCCUGCAAUACGCCUGGAGGACAAUUGUGGAAAACGAGACUUACUAAUAUAAAAAACAGCUUUCUCGGUAGUCCGCGUUUUCAUCGAAGGAAAAUGCAGGUCUCCGCUGACGAGGUACACUUAACACCGGAGUCUUCACCAGAACUUACUAAACGUUCUUGGUUUGGAAACCUAAUAACUACUGAGAAAGAUGAGACAUUUACCAUAUUGGUAAAAGGCAAACCUAUUGCCACAGUCAAGGCACAUUUGAUACAUGCAUUUUUAUCCAUGGCAGAGUUAUCUCAUAGUGUAGUAUCACCCACAUCAUUCCGUGUGGAGUACAAGCGCAACGGCAAUGGCUCUGUUAUGUUUCAAAGGCAUGUUAAAUUUCAGGUUGACAUCAGUCCCAUAUGCAAGCAAGGCGACAUAGCGGAUAUGCUAUUCGCCUUAACAUUCACACUGCUAUCAGAAAAAAGUUGCUGCUGUACGAAGACAUUAUUGGUUCACUGUAUAUGUGGUAACAUACGGCGAUUUCGACGUAUUUGCGAACACAUACAAUCCCAGGUCUGCUCAAAACGUUUUCCGGGCCCAAACAGUCCACCAACAGUAGCUUCAGUCACUCAAGCAGUUUCAGAAAGCUCAUCAUGUGGGUCAGUGUCGAGCGAACGGUUGUCCUAUAAGCGGCAGGUGAUUGAAAAUGACAUGGAAAACGAUUCCAUAUUUUCAUACAAAUCUGGAAGUGGACGCCGGGCAUCCACGACGAAUAAUAACAAUCCCAAUCAAGUGGAUAUAACAGGCAGUCCCAUUGCAGUUCGAUCAAAUUCUGAAACAGCCGAGCAUGACCGCAACCGUAAAAUGCAGACUGAUCAACAGCCAACAACGAUGUCCGAUAAAGACGCCGUCAUUAGAAAGCAACAAGCCACGCGGUACCAAUUCCUUCCAGUGCCGCGUGUACCCAGGAGCCCACGGUCUCCGAAACUGCCAGCGUUUUCUGGGCCUUUCAGGGGAGAAACGGAUGGGUGCGGUACUUAUACAUAUGAGCUGCACGAGCUGCUUGGCUCACGAGCACUCCGGGCAAUCCUGCCGCAACAAGGGACGUUGCAAAACAUGUGGCCACACGCUCCUGGAUCUCCAGGGAUCAGCACGUCACUCCGCCUCGACUCCUAAAAAGGCGAUCACAGCUCCGCUUACGGCCUUGAUCC